UAUUGUGCAGCACUAUAUUAUGCAAAUACUGUAAAGGUUUAAUGAGUGUAGCAGCGUAUACCUGUCAUAAAAAAUUCGUAUUUAAUAGGCCUGCUUUAGUUGUAGCACACGGAUAGAUAAUUAACCUGCCAUUCAUAUAUAUACACACCAUUUAUUGAAGACAAACUCGCCCGAAAGGUGGAAUUGAACCACUCUGCCGCUAGGCAGCUACAGGUUUGAAGCCUGCACCCCGGACCACCGAGGAUCAUCCGGGCAUUAUCAGAAGUUACAGGUGUGCAUAAUAGAUUUAAUCACUCCCCGUAUGCAAGCAUGAAAACGCCAGUGUCUGUUUUGCGUUUGCCGCGGGGGCCGGAUCCCAACAGUCGCGGCUUCGAUCCGAAUUCUGCUCGGUUCCUGGCCCUGUGUCCCACCACCGUGUCUGCCUCCUCUGCGGCGGACGCGCACGGUGUCGCGCUGCGGGACGAGCAGCGCGCCCGGUCGCUCCUGAGGGAGCGCUUCCUGCGGAGCCUCCUGGCCAUGUGCGGCAGGCCGGUGCGCUUCAGCAUGUACGAGAAGGUUCAGGUAGAGGCCAAAUUUGGUGCCUCGGAUAUCGACGUGCUCAACUUCCAAGUUUCGGAUUUGCAGACUCCGAUCGGAGUACAAAAAGAAGCAUUGCUACGUUGCCCAGAUAUCAUUACGUACAACUUUGAAAUCUGAGUUAGUGCUGGUGAACUAACCUGCUGUUGAUUAACGGAUUGUGAAUGUUAGCGGUUUUUCUAAACACACUUAAAACAUUUUCAAUAUAUAAAUAAAAUGUAAUAUUAAGUGAUACAUUGUCUCUUUAAUGAGAAGCAUCAGUUCUGAAUCGUUGAGUGAAAUUGCUACCUGAAGAUCUUUAAAAUCUAGCACUGUCAGUCCAACUUUGCUGUGCUGUGCGCCAUUUUUCCAAUUUCUACUGAAUGUCACCAGAGGGCGAUGUUGACGAUGUGUCUCGCAGAUUAAAGUGUAUGGGAGAAGACUUAACAGAACAGAACACUUCAAUCUCUAGUGAUUCUUCUGGAAAUAGAGGAAAUGACUACAGGUGGAUUUCAUAUAUAAUUGUCUGGAAAACUUUUUUUAUUCUGCUACUAUAAGGAAAUUGCCAUUACAUUUUCAUUUCCAAUUCUGUCACUUAGACUCUUCAGUAUGUUCUGAUAUCUUUGGGGGUUUGAGGUGCUAUGAGAAUAUGUAUUAACAUUGCAAACAUAUUAGUAUAUGAUUUAUGGACUUGUUCAAAUAUGUAGUGUAUUUAUUUUAAAAUAAAUCCUUGGUAAUGUGAGCUCAUCGACUGGUAUCUGAGGUGUUCUUGUGAUUGAUGGUAAAUGGCCUUUACUUAAGUUUUUGUACAAGGUUUGCUUUGAAAUCCAGCAUGUUUAUCAUGGUAAAUAUCCUAUUGCAAUAAUGAUUAGUGUCAUUUCAUCUGACAUAUUUUCGGGUUCUACGGUAAGUUUUUUUUUUUUUUGGCUUAUAUUAAGCCUAUUGAAACUCAGCUCUUCCAGAAUUAUGAGUUUGUAAUUUUAUACAGAAUUCUCGAAAGACAGAAAUUGGCCAUGUUGUAAAAUAGGAUCUCCUUUUGAAGCAGACCUUGUAAGUCAAUUUCCUGGGGGCUCACGGUAUGCUUAAGUUCUUAAGCGUGAUGGUGGUGUUGAUGGAAAUCUGCUGAAGAAGGUUUGCGAGACGUUUGGGAUCUCUUUCUCUGUAUAAAGGCUCAUUUAUAGGUCUAUCCAAAGAUGGACAUUGUAAAGCAUUUUGAUUGAUGGUUACCUUAUUCAAAGCUCUUGGACAAUAAAAUAAAAUAUAUUUAACUUCA